UGUCUUUGAGUAGAACUUUCAAAAAGGUACAUGCAUCCCUAUCUUAAGUUGAGCUUCAGCCUAAACUUCUCCAUUUUUGUGCCUAAUUCUCUCUCUCUCUAAAUUUCUCUUUCCCUCUCUUUGUUAGUAGAGGAAAUGGGAAAUGUAAAACAACAUUCAUCAUCAAAUUCCAAGCUUACAACUUCUUUUAGAUGCAUCUCUUUUUUCCUUUUCUUUGUUGUUGGCUUUUCUCUCGGAAUCACUGUUAACAUAUAUUCGAAAAGCUUCUCGUUCACUUUUGAAACUAUCUUUUCUUCUCCGGAAGUCUCGUCAAGGUUGCUACUACAGCCCUCGCCUCCACCGCCUCCUAUUGUGAUAGAACAACGCAAACCAUUGCCACCGCGACUACCACCUCCUCCUACUAUACGUACUUUUAGGGAAUAUUCGCCACCACCACCGCUACCACAAAUACCACCGCCACCUGCUAUACAUACAUAUACGCCACCACCACAACUAUCACCGCUGCCUGCUAUACAUACAUAUACGCCACCACCACAACUACCGCCGCCGCCUGCAACACAUACAUAUAUGCCACCACUUAGCAUGGAGGACGAUGAGAUGUUUAAGCGAGCAUUGAAGGUUGAAAAGUCUGCAAAUAAUAAUGUAAAGAAAGUUGCUUUCAUGUUCUUGACAAAGGGGUCAUUACCUUUGGCUGAUCUAUGGGAGAAAUUCUUUGAAGGACAUGAAGGGCUGUAUACUAUAUAUGUUCAUACUCACCCUUUAUUCAAUGAUUCAGUGCCUCAGGAUUCUGUUUUCUUUGGUAGAAGAAUUCCAAGCAAGCCUGUAGAAUGGGGAAAACCGUCAAUGAUCGACGCGGAGAGGCGACUUUUAGCCAAUGGUCUUCUCGACAACUCCAACGAAAGAUUUAUACUACUUUCAGAAAGUUGCAUUCCCCUAUUCAACUUCACAAAAAUCUAUACAUACCUACUGAACACAAAUCAAAGCUUUAUAGAUUCAGUUGAUGAUCCAAGAAAAAUAGGCCGUGGCCGAUAUAAUCCCAAAAUGUCGCCUACAAUCACCAUAUCCGAUUGGCGAAAAGGAUCACAGUGGUUUGCAAUUACUCGAAAUGUCGCCUUUGAUAUUGUGUCCGACACAAAGUAUUACCCUGUCUUUAAAGAAUAUUGUAGCCCUCCCUGUUAUAUGGAUGAGCAUUACAUUCCUACGCUUGUUAAUAUAAUUUGUCCUGAAGAGAAUUCAAAUAGAACCAUUACUUGGGUUGAUUGGUCGAAGAACGGUCCGCAUCCCGGAAGAUUUGGGAAGGAAACUAUUUCUGUUGAGUUUCUGGAUGGAAUCAGGUUUGGUAAUAAUACUUGUAGCUAUAAUAAUGAAAAUUCUAGCUCAGUUUGCUUUCUGUUUGCUAGGAAGUUUUUAUGGAAUACUUUGGGACCUUUGUUGCAGAUUGCACCAAAAUUACUGAAUUUUUCAAAUCUUUAAGUUAUUUUCUACAAAUGGAAUAUAGAGAAAAACUAAAUGUACAUUAUGGUUUC